ACAAACUUUCUCUCUCUACCAGCUUCAUUGCUCAUUCUCUCUCUAAACAUCUUGUUACCGCAACACCAGCUCAUACUCGGAGUCAUACUACCAACAAAACAAAAACACCAAACACCGGGCAAAGGAAGAGAACCAGUUGGUGGAAGAAGAAAUUUUUUUUUUGAGGGAAUUUCAAAACAUAUGUCUACCUCAGAUGGAGCGGCUAACGGCGUUACUAACGGCGCUAUUGUUGACUCCCAGAGGCAGCAGCAGCCCGGUAACGGGGCCUUGGCGGUAAAGAAGCCGCCGGCCAAGGACCGCCACAGCAAAGUCGACGGCCGGGGCAGGCGUAUCCGGAUGCCGAUCAUCUGCGCCGCCAGGGUUUUCCAGUUGACGCGGGAGCUGGGGCACAAAUCUGAUGGUCAAACUAUCGAGUGGCUGCUGCGGCAGGCGGAGCCGUCGAUCAUAGCGGCCACAGGGACGGGGACCACUCCUGCGAGUUUUUCGAGCGUUUCUGUCUCUGUUCGCGGCGGCGGCUCGACGAGCUCGGCGGCACUGGACCAGAAGCCGUCGCAGCCGCUGCUCAGCCCGACGCCGUUUAUUCUCGGGAAGCGUCUACGGGGCGACGACGACGUCGACGGCGGGGCCAAAGAUGAGGUGGUCGCUGCCGCGGCUGCUGCCGCCGCCGCCGGUGGUUUCUGGGCGGUUCCGGCGAGACCUGAUUUCGGGCAGGUGUGGAGCUUCGCCGCGGCCGCAGCUGCUGCACCGCCAGAGAUGGUGGUGCAGGCGCCGACGAUGGCAUCGCAGCCGACGAUCUCCGGGAGGUUCAUGCAGCAGCCGAUGGGAGAGGCGUCGGCGGCUAGAGUUGGGAAUUAUCUUCCGAUCGCGCAGGGACAUCUGAAUUUGCUGGCGUCGUUGUCUGGAGCUCCGGCAUCGUCGGGGAGGAGAGACGACGAUCCACGUUGAUCUUCAAUAGGUGUUGAUAUUUAUGUAUGUUGUUCUUUUUGUGUGUGUGGAGAUGAGAAUUUUUAGUGAAGCUAGGGUUAGGGUUUUAGGGUUUGGUUGUUUUUUUGAAGGGGAGGAAAAAAAAAAUUUAGGGUUUGUCCUAAUUUGAAUUAUUACUAUGAUUAUAUGACUAGGUUAUGAACGAAUGGAUUCAAUUAGCUUUGUUUCAUCUGCAUUCUCCCCUGUUGAAGAUUAGGGUUUUAGCGGUCUACUGUCUAGGUUUUUGGGGUUUUGUUGGAGAGAGAAGAGAGAUUGAAGAAUUGGGGUUUCUGAUCAAUCCCAUGAUGAAAGGUUCUGCUGGUUUCCUCUGCAAUUCAGAUGGUUUACUGCAAUUAGUGGCUUGGAUUUGACAUUGUCAGAAGUUUUCCUGAAAAAGAAAGUGGAUAAAUUCUUGGUACUUCUAUAAGCAAACGCUGGGGGUUGAAGACUACCUUUGGGGUUGGAUAUGAAUAUGAAGAAUUUGUUGAAUUAUGAUGGGUUCUGCACGUCCUAUUUUUGAAUAAUUGGGUGCAGUUGCAAUGAUUGAAACGGUUGAAAUUCAGGGCAUUAUGUGCCAUCUAGCUUGGAUCAAUCUGGGGAAAUUCGGUCUCCUUCAAAUUGGAUGGCACUCUCAUGCUUGCGAAGGGUGGUCAAAUGGGCAACUUGCUAGAGCAGACUGUGGCAGGGGUUGUUUCUUUCUCACUCUUUGGCUUUCACCCUUUACUUUGUUCUUGCUAGGCGAUCUCAAAGGAGACUGGUGUGUGUAAGGGAAAAAAAAAAUGCUCUGGUUCCUCUCUAUUUGAGAUCAAGUAGUUGACAUGAAAACCGAGAAAUAGGUGAAACUCCAUAAGCUGAUUCUACUUGGCUGGAUCACCCAGAUAAGUGGUUUGAAAACUGGAAUGCUUUCCAUUCUGUUUGGUUUCAUGGAAACUCAUUCUUGUAGAGCCUUAUUCUUCCUUGUGGGGCUUUCGGGUUUUGCAUUAAAAUGACUUCUCCUCCACCUCCUCUUCCUUCCUUGACAGGAGAAAUGGCCGGGUUUUGAACCCCAUCCUGUGUGCAUAAAAGGCAUAUGCUGAGGGGAGGAGAGGAAGAAGAUGAACUGGUGAUGGAGAUGAGUAUGAAUUAGAAAAUCCCAGGGACACGACUUAGUUAAGGCGAACACAGUAGAGACACAGUGAAAGAAGUGGAAAAAGGGGAGAAAAGAAAGGUGAAUUGAGGGGGGUUGGCCCAUAAUGGUAUCUUUGUAGUGGUGGGUGUGUCUUGCCUCCUAGUCUGUGUUUUGUGGUGUUUGUGACUUUGUGGUCGGAGUUGUUUUCCUUUGUAGGGCCUUAUCUUAUAAUAAUCUUUUCCCAUAUCAAUAAAGUUCUUGCUUAUCCUAA